CUGUAGAUCCGUCAAUGUCAAUAAAUUGAUUUACGAAAAUAAAAGUUUAUUAUUGAUUAUUUAUAUUCCACAUCGUUAGAAGGAAUUCAAUAUUAUGUGUAUAUAAUUUUUGAUGAAAAAUAAUAACCAUGAACAAUAAUAGUUUGUGCCGAUGCUGUCUGGCACAGCCACCUGAUAAAAAGCUUAAAACAACAUAUACGCGUCUAGGAAAAGCUGAAAUAUAUGAAGAUCUACUGAAAAAAUGCUUCGAAAUACAUCUACCUGUAAGCAGCAAUGGAUCUGAUGACGGUAUAUGUGAUGAGUGCGUCUCCAGACUCUGUAAUGCUGCAGAUUUUAAGGAACAGGUCAUCCAGUGCCAAAAGAAAUUCGAGACUACACUUACAAAGUUAUAUAUCAAAGAUGAAAUUGAUGACACAUUAGUGAAGCUGGAGUGUUCCGAUCUUGAGGAUGGAAAUGAUUUUGAUUAUGACUUAAAGGAAGAAUUAUUGGAUGAUGAAUUAAUGAAAGGAGAUGAGGUUAUUUCCAAAGUGAUUGAACCCAAAGAUGUCACCAACGGCAAAACUAUAGAAAGUAAAAUGGAAAUCAAGAAUGAAAAGAAACUUAUUCUAAAAGAUUGCCGUAACGAUUCAUGUAGAAAAAUAUCACUUGGUAUUGUAAAAUCCUCGAAUAAUGUGAAAUUUAAUUUUUUAAACGAUAAAAGUAAACAGAUAAUAAAUCUUAAUAAUAUAUUAAAAUACUCAAAUUGUUUACCAUUCUCACAGAAAACAAUUAUGGGGAUAGUGUGUGCUUUUUGUAAAAAAACAUAUCGAGAAAUAAACGAAUUACAAACACAUUAUAACGAAAUACAUAAAAAAUCGAACAAUAAUCAAUAUAAAACAAGAAAAGGUGAAAUAACAUUAAAAAUUGAUAUAACAGAUUUGAAAUGUACAUUAUGUGAUAAUAAAAUGAUAUAUAUAAAAGAUUUAAAAACACAUUUAGUCACGGAACAUAAUAUAAAAUUCUAUCCAAACAUAAACGAUUGUGUUUACGAAGUCAAAUUAAAAACAUCACAAAUAUAUAAUUGUGUAUUAUGUAAUUCAACAUACGAAACAUUUAAAACAUUACUACAACAUAUGAACGGACAUUAUAGAUAUUUUACCUGUAAUAUAUGUGAUAUGGGAUAUAUGAAUCAAAACAGUUUAAAAACUCAUAUGAAAACUCACGAUAUUGGUACAUAUAAAUGUAAUCAUUGCGAUAAAGUAUUUAAUACAUUAGUUAAAAUGAAAUUUCAUAUUAAUUAUACACAUAAUAAUUCAACAAGAUAUAUAACUAAUUGUCCGUAUUGUGAAUUAUCUUUUACAAGUUAUUAUCAACGUAAUAGACAUUUAUUUAGCGAACAUAAUUCAUCUAAUUAUAAAUGUAAUAUAUGUGAUAAAACGUUUAUAUUAAAAUCGAAAUUAACUUCACAUAUAAAACAAAAUCAUUUAAUGGAACGAGAUCACAUUUGUACGAUUUGCGGCAAAGGGUUUUUCAUAAAACGCUUCUUAAAUGAUCAUAUGAUUACGCAUAAUGGUGAGAGAAUAUAUCAAUGUAUGGUGUGUAAAAAACGUUACACAAGAAAGAAAACUUUAAGAGAACAUAUGAGAAUUCAUAAUAAUGAUAGACGUUUCAAAUGUAGAUUGUGUAGUUCGGCUUUUGUACAGAAAUGUAGUUUGAAAAGCCAUAUGUUGUCAAAUCACGGUUUGACAUUAGCGGAAUUUGAGGAAAGUCAAAAUAGAGUAAACAAUUCGUAAUGUCCACUGACUAUGGAAAGGUUAUAAACCGCGGUAUUUUGUGCCUAUUUGAUCUACGCCAUUUUGGCGCUUGAUAGUGGUGGAGAGGAUUGGAACUAAUAACAGAUAUGGAAUUAACUGUUUGGAACUUAAACAGGCACAUUUUUGUUCGAACGUUGAAAAUACUGUCCUUUCUAAUUAAUGACCUAUCCAUUUAUAGAUAUCAGCGAUAGUGUCACAAUAAUGGGGGGAAAAAUUGCAUUUGCUUGCUAUAGAUGUCAGCAUGAUUAAGAUUGAUUAGUAAUAAUAAAUCAAGUACUCUGUAGACUGUAUAACUCAUAGACUAUUUUUUUUUCCACCUGUGAAUACA